CCAUCUUGGCCCAAGAGUCUCGGUCGGCACGGCCCGCCAGUUGUCCCCUCCUCCGCCGUUCACGAGAUGACGAUGAAAUACCCGGCGGCGUACCUGAUGUGCGUGCUUGCGGGAAAGGAGGCCCCUACGGCGGCGGACAUCCAGAAGGUCCUGGAGUCCGUGGAGUCCGAGUACGACGGCGAGGUCGCCGGAAAGCUCGUGUCGGAGCUCGAGGGGAAAACGAUCUUCGAGAUCAUCAAGGACGGCAAGGAGAAGCUGAAGGGCUUCGGCGGCGGCGGAGGAGGCGGCGUCCCAGCGGCAGGCGGCGGCGGCGGCGGCGGGGGAGGCGGCGAGGCGGCCGCCGUGAAGGAGGAGAAGAAGGUCGAGGAGGAGGAGGAAGAAGAGGACGUGGACUUCGACCUCUUCGGCUGA